UGAGGAUAGUGAAAGAGCUUGCAGUAAAGUCAACGGCAAGCUGGGACAGAUUAAAUAGGACAGCUGGCUAACUGUCUGGGGGAAUAUGCCCAGUCUAGGGGGUUCUUCCAGUUUCAUCCUUUGCAACCACGGCUUUUUGCUGAUCCUCUAAAAGAGAACAGCCUUCAUAGCAUUGGGCCGUUAACUCCCAUCACCUACCUAAGGCUUUCUACUGUUGGGCUUAGUCAAGGUUGCCUUUUCGUAAAGCACAAACUUCCUGCAAGAAGAGCGAGGGAAGGACGACAACGAUUUUGAUCCUCUCGAAUCGUGCUUGGAGAGAAAAAUCGAGUUCAGGAAGGCAGCAGGAAACCAACUCAAAGGCUACUAAGACACUCAUCAUUGUCGACCAACACGAGGAUGCUGUUCUGCAGAAUCUUCAGCCUUCUCCUGGCCUCCACCAGCAUUGUCUUCCUCUUGAUGGCACUGAUCACCGAUUACUGGAUCGUGGCCUACGGACCAAGUGACAUAUCACACAGUGGGCUCUGGCAAGAGUGCGUAAAUGGGAAAUGCUUUGUCCCCAAAGUCAUUGAUGGAUACAUCACAGCAACUCGUUUCUUCCUGAUCUUGGCCUCUGUGGUGACCCUGGCUGCCGUCAUCUUUCCUUUCAUCUCCUUCAUGCCUUUCAAUUGUGGUUAUGUAGGCAGACCUUUCAUUUCUUCCAUAGCUGCCUUUGUGGCUGGAUUCUUCACUCUCAUCGCUGUAGCUGUGUUCACCAGUGAAUCCUGGGGAAAGAACAAGGAUCCUCAAAUCCAGGUCACCUUUGAGUGGUCUUUCUACCUUGGAUGGGCAGCCUUUCCUUUGCUCCUAUUGGCUGGUAUAUUCAGCCUUAUUGCCCACUUGCGCUCUCCACAGUCUGGCUAUGAAUCCAUGUAACCCUCUGAAAACAAAGUACUCACAACAACUUCACAACAAA